AAAUACAAGGGGCUAUUGCAGUUAAGAUCUUCUCCUGUAUCUAAAUGAUGACAGUUUGCAGAUGACUGGAACACUGUGUAGAUUCUACUAUUAACUGUAUUCACUUGCAAUAAUGCAAUUACUGUGCUGCAUUGUGUGGUCAAAAUUUUAAUUCGUUCUGUGAUUUUGUGCUUCUGUCGUGAGUCCGUGCACAGACUGUGUUUGUGUUUGGUAGACGUAUUUCUGAUGCCAGAUAAUCCAGGCUACUUUUUAAUGCUCUUGUGAUUUUGAGUCAUGUCACGUGUUUUCUGCGACUUGCAUCAAAAAUUUUUUACUGUCACUUUUUCUCCAUUGCUUGAGUUGAUCUUAGAACAUAACAAAAAAAAUUUAUACCUAUAUAUGUGUGUGAAGAUAUAUAUAUGUUAACUUUACCUUUUACAUUUUUAAAAAUUAAAAUCUCAAUUUACAAUCUAUAUUUUUAGAUAGUGUUAUUUUUUUUUGUAAAUUGUUUCAUUUUUUUAUUUUAACUGAUUAGUUCGUCAUUUUUGGUUUAGCGACAAAAGUAAAUAAAACUUAAAUUUGAUUUAUUUUGCUUAGACACAUAGCCAAAUAACCCAAUGUACCUAUUUUAAGUUUUUAACUGUAAUUGCAUUAAAUACAUGGGAACUAAAAGUACUUCUCUAAAACAUUUUACAUCUGAAUAUAAUUUUUCUUUUAAUAUCACAUUUACUUAUCAUCACAAGUGUUUCAAAACUAAAUUUAUUAAAACUUAUCUUAUUAAAAAUAAUUUAUAUGUGGUUGACUAAUAUUUUUGAGUUUUCUCUUCAUAAAAUGGUUCAGUGGACUUAACUGAAAACUUUUGAAAUAAUGUUUUGACUCUUUGGUAUGUAUACAUAGUUAGAUUGUCACCAUCUCAAGAAAAGUUUUUCCUUGACUUAAUGUCUUAGUGAAUUUCUGUGUUUGAUUUUGGUGGUGUCUGAUACUGUUUACUUAUCAAUAGCAAUAUUUCUAUAUUUUGACACAUGCCUACAAUUAUUCACUAGGCCAGUGACAAUGCUGUUCAGGCGGGUGGUGGAAGUGUGCAUUUAAGAUUGACCCAGCUGUUUUCGAGAAUUCAGCUUUCACCAUCCCCAAAGUUGAAGUUUUCUCUCUACUUUAUUUACUUCUUUCUAUGCCUCCCAAAACCUUGCAUACACCAUUCUAUAGUGCGUAUGACUACGCCCACUAAAACUCAAUCUGAAAAAAAAAAUGCUUCAACAGUCUGGGUGAUGGGAGAUUGAAGUAUGAUAUUUUUCCUUCAAUUUACAAUCAAUGGGGAAUUUCCAUGAUUUUUCCAGGAUUUAAAGUAUAAAUGCUGAUCCUCCCUGGCCAAAUUGUAAAACAUAGCAUUAAUUCCUGCCUCCUGCUACUAACAACCCUGUAACUGAGAAUGUGUUACGUUGCUGAUGUUUUCGUAAGGUUUCAUAAUUAAUUUAUUCUUGUUUUUCUUAUGUUAUGCAUAGGCAUUUAAGAUAUUUUGUUUGUGCUUGAAUAUUAAUUAUUAUUUUUGGUUGGGUUUUGCAUAAAGAUGAAUGGAUUUUUAUUUUUUAUUAUUUUCUCUAUUUUGCUUGGUCCGUUAAAAUUAACAUAUGUAUUAAUGAUGGUUUUUUACGAUUUUGAAGCAUAUUCUGGUGAGUGAGGUUUAAAAAGAAAGGAAGACUCGGGCGAGAUAUGGUCAUGAAACAUUUUUCACGCUUCAAGAUAGUGCGUUGUUGGGGAAACCCAGCACAUAGAUGCAUGACUGCACAGUAUUGAACUAGAACUUUCGCGGAGCACAGUCUCACCAGCCAAUCUGGACGAGCCAUGCUGUAGUGUGAUGUUACUUUCCAAAUUUUAAUGUUUGAAAUGCACUUUAUUUAUAUGAUUAUGUACCUGGUUCUGUUUUGUGAUUAGUCGGUUGAUACAUCUUUGUAAGGGAAGACAACUUCGUUGUUCAACAAGUUGUCGCUUGAUUGUCGCCGCGUUCUGUCACGUCGUCGGCAUCUCACAAAAAUGAAUUGAUAUUAAUGAAUAGAUCAUUUCACGCCUGCUGGUUGGGGCCAGGCCUAGUUAAAAAAAAUUUUUUGUAUUCUUUUGGACUUACUUUUAUUAGAAAUUUGACCCCAGGCGUCAGCAUCGGCCCAGGGUGAUACACUCAAGAAUCUGUUCUGAAUGUUUCAUGCCAAAACAUUAUUCUAAAAACAUAAGUUUAAAUAAUUUUCACUUUUCUGAAAAAAAAAAACAGUGUAAAAAACAAAAUAUGGAAACAGAACUAUUGGCCACCCUCAGCGUAUUCUUAAAUGCUUUAUGUAAACAGACCCUGCUCAUAUAUUUUGGGCAGUUUUUAAAUCACGUGAGUUUUUUUUCUGAACCUCUGCUUAUCGUACGUGUGCAUGGGUAGGCGCACAAUAAUUCAUAAAUAUGCAUUAUAUUGUCAUAAUCAGCAUACCGUAUUGGCCCGAAUAUAAGGCGACCCCGAAUAUAAGGCGACCUGCAGUUUUAGGAGGCCAAACAAAUGUAAAAAUAAUGUUUGGUAGAAAUUAAUGUGAAAAUUCAUUAGACAUACAUUUUGUGUUGAUAAAUCGUUUUUGCAUGUAUGUAUAACAAUUAAUUUAUAUUUAUCACAUUACUUAUUUAAAAUAAGUUUGAAUGGCCUACCCUAAAAGUCAAAAGAAAACAAUUAGAAAAUAUUUACAUUUUUAAGUAUUACACUAGAAAUUUUUUCGUAUGUUUACUCUAAUGAAGCUGCAUAAUUGUCAUCUUCAGAGCUGUUUAUUUGUCUAGAGCUCAUUCCCCGCCGUUCCACCGAUGUGUGAUUGUUCAUUUUUCACAGUUUACUGUAUCUACGAAUUUAAAAUUUUUACAAUGGCUAUUAAUCACUCUUAAAAUACAGCAUUUAACUAUCCGUUUGACUUAAGCUACGUAUUACCACAGAACAAGGCGUAUUACUAUUUAGUAGUGUGUUAAACGUAAAAAAAGCAAACAAAGAAUGCAUCUUGCCGGAACAAAACAAGUGGUUAGCUGACAUGAUGAAGCUUACGGCCAUGAAUAACUUCGGUUACGUGACCGCGUAUAUUUGUCCAUAUUACUCUCUGACAGAGAGAGUCUGUUCUAUGAAUUUGAAAGAAUAAUCUAUUAUAAUUAUGAAAGGUUUUUACAUAAAUAAAGAGUGGAUUAUUAAAAUAGCUUUUGAAGCAACGUACCAAAUUCCUGUUAAUAUGGCGUCUUCGUGCGUGUUCGGCAAUGUUCGUUUUACAACAAAGAAAUAUUGUGGAAAGACAGUUGGCAGCCGUGAAUUUCCAAACAUUACAUCCGAAAUGUUUGUAAACGUAAACAAUCGUUCUGAAAAUAACUGUGAUAUUUUAGUACAAAUAUUUCCAUUAAAAAUCUGAAGAUAAAUUACCGUAAAUGUUAACACGCGAUUGUACACAAAGUACAAAUAUGAAUUGUGAAAUAAAAGGUUGCCAUUUUGAGAUGCUUCAACAUUCACGUUUUUACUCAAGAACAAAUAUUUUAAUUUUCAACUUCAAACAAUUGUGAAUUACUGCAAUAUUAGGUGGAUUUAUCGUUUUUCCCCGUGUGAGGUAACAAAGUUUUAGUUAAUAUAAAAAAUCGUGAACGUUUUGUUAAACAAUGUUUCUACUGUAGCUUUCAGCUUGGAACUAAUGUUUGCGGUUCUGACGUCUUGGGUGCGAAAAUAAGGCGACUUCCAAUUUUUGCAUCUCUCGUUUAUGUAAAAAUGGUCGCCUUAUAUUCGGACCAAUACGGUAUUUGCAAAAUUUAGUUUACAGGGGAAUUGGGAUGGAAUAGGAACCAUUCCAUAAUCAUUUUAUUACAUUAUUGGACAAUAUCAGCACAAAGCUUCAUAGAAGUUACAUAUAUUAAUAUUAAUAUUUGUAAGCCAAAUUACUCAACUAAUAAUAGAGAAUCUAUGAACUCCAAAGCAAAGGCAGCUCGUUUUUUACAGUCCCUGAACUGUUGGAAGCCAUGUCACCCCAUUUUGUGGAAUAUAUGAACAUUUCAGUUGACAGAGGCUUUAAAAAUAUUGGAUUUUCUGAAAAAAUUAUUGAAGAGCUUGUAAGUGCGACCCUUACUGCAAAUUAUGGGCAAGAUACCACAGUUCACGAAUUUGUUGGUUCAGUGUCGGUUGCCGGAGCCAGCUCAGGUUUGUGGGCCGUACACGGAGGAAACAGUCUGGUUCCUCAGAAACUGCUGGAAGCCUCGAAGGCAACUCUGUACAAAGCUCGUGUGUCUAGAGUUACACUUUUGAAUGAGUCUGGUGAGUUUACGGUCGAAUCUUCACCUUCCCACCAAGAUGUGGAAAGUGAGCUGAACAAAUCCAAAUACAACAUUGUCAUCAUUGCGGCACCUCUGACGAGAGACACGCGGAAAGGGAUCCAGCUAUCACAGUUUCCAGUGGAGUUCUCAUUUCCAGGAACUUACCAUAGAACUGUCUGUACAUUGGUGCAUGGGCAAUUAAAUCACAGUCACUUUGGGUUUUCAAACCAAGAUGAUAUGGCAGAUGAAAUUCUGACAACAAACCUUGGUAUGGUGUUUAAUUCAAUUGGUCGUGUGCACCCUGUUGACUACAAUUCAGCCAAAAGCAAAAACAAUUCCAAAAUAUGGAAAAUAUUUUCCCAGUUUCCGCUUAGUAAAGAAGUAAUAGAUAGUGUGUUCUUGGAAACUGAAGAAGUCAACAUUAUUGAUUGGCUGGCAUACCCUCACUAUGAAGCUGCCAAGAGAACAGAUAAAUUUGUUUUGUAUAGGCACUUGUAUCACUUAAAUGCAAUAGAGUGGGCAGCAAGUGCAAUGGAAAUGAGUGUUAUCGGUGCAAAAAAUGUGGCAUUAUUAGCAUACAGUGACUGGUUUAACUUAAAAUCCAGCUACACGAAACAGUCUCACGAUGAGUUGUAAUAUUAAGUGUUAAGUUACAAGUUCCUCAGCACUGAAUAUAGUUUGUGAUGCACCAUAAUUUUCUUUAUUGUACACCCGUCUCUUGAAGUAAAGCUCUUCGAUUAGCGUGGUUUAGAAGCAAUGACGCCAAUAAAAUUGAAGUACCGCCGUUUACUCUUACAUAAAUUUUUAUUUUCAAGUGUGCACAAUAGCAAUGGCACUUGUGUAGUAUUGAAUAUAAUAAAUUAAUAAUUAGGGAUGGGACGAAUCCACAUUUUGGUCGAAUCCGAAUCCUUGUUCGAAUCCUCAGUGUUUGUCAUCGAAUCUCGAAUCCCAGUCCCACACUAAACUUCACCACAUGUUAUUAAAAAAAAUCAUGUGUAUUUAUAAAAUUGUAAAAUAAGUGCAUAGUGUAUACACCUGAUAUAAAAUAGAGACAAAUAACCUCAAAAACCACACACGUAAGUUUGCAUCUGUCUAAUUCUCUGUUAAAUUAAUCCUUCCUAUGUUUUCAAUAAAAUACGUUUGUAUAACAGACACCAUUUAAAAAAAGUUACGUUUUUUCUGCAAUGUUAUAUUAUUGAAGGUUGGAAAUGAUCGAGUAGUUAUGCUAAUUGACAAAAUGCAGCGUAGUUUAUCUUAUGUUUGUGCUAUUUCCGUUACCUUUAUAAUACAGUUUAGGUAUACAAUUUUCUAGAGCUGGGCGAACCUCAGUUCUCUGGUUUCGAACCGAACUGAAUCGAACCAUAGCAAAAAAAUUUUUAACCAAACCUCAUACAGAAAUAAUUGUUUUGAAUUAAAAUGAACCGACCACCAACAUUUCGGUCUUUAACUGAAUGGUGAGAAAGAAAGGUUCUCCAGCCAUAUGUAAAAUUAAAACAUUAUAUAGCUUAGCUUUAUUAAAACAUUAUAUAGCUUAGCUUUAUUAAAACAUUACAAAAUAUUUUAUAAGUAAAGUUUAUGCAAUAAAUAAUGAAGGAAAGAAAACAGUUUAGAGAAAAUCAUUUUGCAUUUAAUUUCUUUAUAUGUAUAUAUAUACUUUUAAUUCAUGAAGAAGUUCCAUCUAAAUUUCAAAAAGACUAUCUUCCUUUUUCAGUGUACACUAACCUUCAUCAAAAAAAAAUAUAAGAUCAUAAAGAUGACGAACAUUCAGCAUAAGGCCACAUAACAUAUUUUUGUGGUAGACAUAACCUAACAUUUUUAAAAAGUAAAACUUUUUAAUAGGACAUUAAAAAAAAGUCGAAUGUGAAUUAAGUUACCAAUCUACAUUACAAAACCCGCUGACUGCAGUUGCUGUUUUCUUGGAAGAAUGCUGCUCGUCAGAAGAAACUUUAGACAUUUUUUGGGGUGGUUCUGGGUCAUCUGGGUCGUCAUUAUCUUUUCUCCACGUAAGGACGUAAGCCUGCUCAUCGCAAAUCACCUCAAGAACAAUAAUAUUGUAAACGUAACGUAAGUCAGUGUGGUUAUAAAUAUUUGCGUCGGAAAAAAAAAACACGAGAAAUAAUGAUGGCUGCCGCGACUACGCUAGUCAACUUAGUACCGUACUGUAAAAUUUACUGGACCAGUACUUUUAAUACACAAGAUUAAAUUAAUAUUUUCAGUACCUGACUGUUAUAACCAAAAAGGCCAAAGAAAAUAAAUACAUUCCAGUAAUUUAAAAUACGUAAUUUACGUAAUCAUUUCCUACCGCAUUUGUCUUGUGUUAACUUGAUCACGUUAGUUUUGCCGAAAUACGAGAGUUCUCGUACAUGCGCUUUAGUUUAACGUAUGGGGUACGCAAUCUUUGGUGAUUUUACAACACUUCUCGUACAUGCACUAUAGUUAAAGGUAUAAUAUACAAUACCUUUGGCAUUUGUACGAUAGUUUAUAUUACGUAGUGCGAGAAAUGCAUACAAAAUUCUCUAAAGUAAACAAAAAACAAAGCGCGCCUAUAUGAAAAAAUGCUAUGCGAGUUAUGCGACGAUUAAUAAUUUUUUUUAUAAUUAUUUUGUCUGCGCUUGAAACUGUUGAGGCGACGAUUAUGCGAUAAAAGUCGGAAUAUUACAAGUAAUGGAAUUUUGUUGUGCUGUUUUGUGAAUGGUCUCAAAUGGGGGUUAGAAAAUUAUAAAAACGUAAUUUUUUUUUAAACGAACGUUCGGUUUUUCGAAUAUAUUUUAAGAGGUUUCGAACCGAACGUAAGGAUUCAGUUCGGUUCGAAAUUUUCAAACUUCGCCCAGCAAUACAAUUUUCAAUUACUACCUAAAACUCUUAAAAACCCACCUCGAAUCCCACCUCGGAUCCUACGAAUCCAUAGGAUUCGGUAUAUUCGACGAAUCCAAGAUUCGAAAAUCCCAUCCCUAUUAAUAAUGUUAGGAAUCAACAAACAACAUUUUGCUCUUUUCUUAAUAGUUAUUAACUUCCUUCAUUGCAUAUUUAUCUUUGACGACAUCACUGUGUUCAGCCAACGUUUAUUUUACGCCAUCCUACAUGUCAGCAACUCUGGGAGUAAAGCUUUCAGAGUUAGUUUACCUCGCGCAUACUAUGAUAUGCUAGUGGAAAAUCAUGGUAGACAUGCAUUUAGUAAACAAUGUCAAGGAAUUAAGUUAACAGGAAAAAUGAUAUUAAUGUGAAAUGUUAUAUUUGAUUAAAACUGAAAUAUCUCUUAUACUAAUAGCUUUAUUAUUUUAUAAUUCAGAAUGUUGUUAGUGCCCAAGCCUAUUACAUAAGCAAUGUGGUACAUGAAUUUUUAAAAUUUAAUUUUAGGGUUGAUCUUAAAAUAUUAGUCAACAUUUAUUUACAUAUAUUUUAAAUGUAAAUGUAUGUAUAUAUUAAUGCUGUAAAUUAAUUUUAACAGGAGCAGUGUCUUGUUUAAAAUGGUAGUCAGAUAUUAUUUUGAUUAGCACUCUGUUUUCCUGGAACAAAUUAAAGCAUUACUUCAAGGGACAGGUGUACUUGACAGGUUUCAGCUUAGUCUAUGUACCUAUAUCUAAUGUGCAAAUGUAAAUAUGCUGUACACUGAGCUAUGUCACUCUUAGCAUAACUAUAUUUUUCAUAUCCGACCUUCCCACAACCAAUUCCUCCAGAUAUCUGACCUAGUCUCUGUGGUUGGUGAGCCUGUUCAGACUUGAAAAAAGACGUGUCUACAUAUUUUCGUGUUGCAAACUGUCAGUUCAACCAUGAUUGUUGGUGUAGAACGUGCUCUAACUAUAAUCUUGUACUGUUCUGUUUUUUAACGUCAAUACUGUUUGUGUUUAUUCACGACUACACAUAGCUUUAUUGUGGGGUUACAUGUGUAAUAAUGGCAACUCAAAAACGUAUUUGUGUUUCUCUGCAACAAAAACUUGAUGUGUUAAAAAGAUUGGACCAAGGUGAGUCUGUUAUUAAGCUAGCUUCUGAGUUGGGCGUAGGGGUGACUAUGGUAAAAGAUUGGAAAAAGAACCGUAAAGAUUUGGAAGAACACUCAAUGACAGUUGAGACAUCAUGCAUUAAAAAGUAGAAAAAUGUUGAAAAAAACCAUAACUUGAAUAUGGAUGAAGUGUUAUGGGUCUGGUUUUGUCAGGAAAGGAGCAAGGGAACGCCUUUGUCAGGCCCCAUUGUAAAGGAAAAAGCCAUAAAAUUAUAUGAAAAGUUGGGAGGUGAUCUAGAAAAGUUUUGCGCUAGCAAAGGAUGGCUUCAUAAAUGAAAAUUGCAUCAUGGCAUACAACAUGUUAUAAUUUCGGGGAAAAACACUCAGCUGAUGAUUAUGCUGCUGAAGGAUUUGUAUCAAAAUUUGAGCAGUUGGUUACAGAACAGAAUCUUGUACCUGAACAAGUCUACAAUGUAGACGAAAUGGGCCUAAAUUACAAAAUGCUUCCAGAAACCACUCUUGCUAACAAUGAACCUGUGUUAGGAACAUAGCUUGCUAAAGACAGACUCACAAUUACAACUUUUUAGCAAUGCCAAUGGAUGCCACAAAAUGCUGUUGUUCAUCAUAGGAAAAUCCAAGAUAUUUAAAAAUCUAAACAUUGCAACACUUCCAGUUUACUAUCGGAAUCAAUCAUCUGCUCGGAUGGAUGCUGCAUUGUUUGAAGGAGUGGUUUUUCGAUGAAUUUGUCUCUGCAGUAAGAAAACAUUUAAAGUCUAAAAACUUACCUGCUCGUGCUGUUUUGCUCUUAGAUAACGCUCCCAGUCACCCCUCUGAAUGUGAACUAAAGAAAGGAAACAUCAAGGCUAUAUUUUUACCGCCCCAUGUGACACCUUUAAUACAACUCAUGGAUCAGGGCGUCAUUGAGUGGUUAAAAGGAAGAUACUGAAGAAAAUAUAUCGGCUCUGUUGGACAAAACAGAAGAAGGAUGUAACCUUUUUGAGGCAAUGAAAAGUUUUAACAUCAAAGACGCUAUCUACACCAUUGCUUCAGCUUGGGACGAAAUUCAUCAAACCACCCUUCAGAAGGCUUGGAAAUAAAUUUGGCCAUCUAUGAAACAAGAAGAACCUGAGACUGAUCAUGAGCCGACCUCGACAGAAACAGAAGUUGAGACAGACACAACAGAAACAUUACAAAAUCUACAAGUGUAUCAGUGUGAUCUCCAGAUGACAUGUAGAAGAGUGGCUUGUUGAGGCUGAUGUUUUGAAAGUUACCAAUGAAGAUCUCAACGACGACCAAAUCAUCGCUGUUGUGCAGAACAAAUCCGAGAAAGAAAUUGACUCGGAUGAAGACAAAACAGCCAGUGACAAUGUAGUAAGUCAUUCUGCUGCUAAGGACACCUUUGAAGUUAUGCUGAAAUACAUCAAGCAACAUCCAAAAGCAACCCCAAUGGAUGUAUUGUGGGCAAAAAAGUGGAGGGACACUUCUGCAAAAUCAAGAUUGACAAAACUGAAACAAAAAACCAUUACUGAAUUCUUUAAAUCUCAUUUAUAAUUUAACAACAGUAAAUGUUUGAAAUGUAUACUGCAACAUUUUUACAAAUAAAGUUGUAUUACUGUACAUACUGUAUAGCUGGGAAAGGCGUUUUUUUUCUUCUACGGAUAUCUAACUUUUUAGCCGUUCCGACCAUGGCCCGGUCCCGACAUAGUUAAUAAUAGAAAAUAACUGUGGCAUUUGAAACUAGAUUUCUCUAAAUAAUUACUGCUUGGCUAUGAAAAUGUAACCAAAUAUGAUUUCUUCACAUUGUAUGGGAUUUUUUGUAUUUUAUAUCAUGCUGUUUUUUUGACAUAAAUUGUUUUACAUACUAAAUGGUAAUGUCAACCAAAAAUAUGCAGGACACUGCUUUCCUCAUACAAAUUAUUUAAUUGUAGACUUGAAGACACCAAAUAUUUAUGUACAUUUUGUACUUAGUGGUUAUUUGUUACUGAUCUGUUUCAUUGUUUAUGUUGUGUAGAUGAAACUAAGUUAGAAUGUAUAUUUAUUGAUGUAUUUUAGUGUGGCCACACAAAAUAUCAUAUGAAAUUCCGUGAUCUAAUUAUAAUUUUCCCUGAACCUGAUUUUGCACUGUUAUGCUACUUUACUUUUUAAACUUAAUCUGUGUUUUUUUUUUUUUUUAAACUGCGUGUAUUGAACAGACAAAUGAGUAAAUAAAGAUUGGUCUUAAGUUUAUUCAAGGUAGGGCAAUAUAAAUGUGAUAAUACAGGUGGUUUUUUGUCUAAAAAAAAUUAAUUUUUUUUUUUUUUUACAAAAUUCAUUUAGUUGCUUUCAAAGUACUCUCUAUUAGAUGCACUCGUCAAGUAUUUUUCCCCACUGUUUGAAGCACCUCUGGAACUUUUCAACUUUGAUAUCCUCCAGUGCCCUUUGUGAAGCUGUUUUUACCCCCACCACAUCAUCAAAAUGCUUCCCUUUUAAGAUUUUUCUUUAUUCUCAGGAACAGGAAAGAUUCGCACCAGGCUAGGACUGGUGAAUACAGCAGAGGGUGGGGAGCGACAAUACCCGAGAGUACAAAUAGUUUGCUCAUAAGACAGUGUGUGCGGGAGCAUUGUCAUAAUGUAGACUGACCUGAUCGCCAAAGUUUCCUUCACACGUUCUCUCGAAAACGUCUUAAAACUUCCAAAUAAAAGUGCUGGUUAAGUCUGGCUUGUUUUUUUUUGUCUGGGGGAGUUGGGAGUCUUCCACUGGCUUGACGCGGUUUCUGGGUUGUACCCGUAACAUCAACUCUCAUCACCUGUAAUGACUUUGAUUAAAAAGUUUAAAUCACUUUCAAA